CUCUUUUACCAUGUUCUUAAUUUGCCCCACUCACUACAGUGUUGCAUAUGAUUGCUCCAUGGCGAAGAAGAGAAGGGCUGAAGAGCAGGCUUUGGGUGUCCCAGUCAACAAAAGGAAAUCCCUGCUAAUGAAGCCCCGACACUACAGCCCAAACAUGGACUGCAAAGGGGACCGAGACGACAGGACCGAGGAUGAUGGCCUCUCUGAAACAAACGACCGAGCUGCUGCAGAAGAAAUCAUGAUAAAACCUGCGGAUGAGAAUCUUCAUUCAACUGCACAAGAAAACUCCCCUCGGAAAGAAGACCAAUAUACUUGUUAUCAAGAGCUGGUAGUCAAAUCUCUAAUGCACUUGGGGAAAUUUGAAAAAAAUAUGUCUGUCCAGACUAUAAGUGAAAACCUCAAUGACAGUGGCAUCCAAUCUUUAAAAGCAGAGAGUGAUGAAACAGACGAAUGCUUUAUGAUUCAUUCUGAUGAUGGAAGAGACAAAGUGGAUGAUUCCCAACCCCCAUUCUGCUCUUCUGAUGACAGCGAAAGUAACUCUGAAAGUGCAGAGAAUGGGUGGGACAGUGGCUCCAACUUGUCAGAAGACACCAAACCUCAGAGAGGCCCAAAGUACAUGUUAGCAGAUAAGAAAAAAGAUCUACUGGAAAUUCCUGAAAUAAAAACAGAAGGUGACAAAUUUAUCCCUUGUGAGAACAGGUGUGAUCCUGAUGCAGACCGGAGAGAACCGCAGAAUGCUCAUGUGGAGCCCUUGGAUAGCAAAGCCCAAUCUGCCUUCCCUGAGACUGAGGAAGAAGACAGGGAGAGCCUGGCCACAAUGUCAGAAGAAGCCAGUGAUCUGGAGAAAGCCAAGGGGAACCUGAGUUUGCUGGAGCAGGCCAUCGCUCUGCAGGCUGAGCGAGGCUGCGUUUUCCACAGUACUUACAAAGAGCUGGACAGAUUUCUGCUAGAACACCUGACGGGGGAAAGGCGGCAAACCAAAGUUAUUGACAUGGGUGGAAGACAAAUCUUUAAUAACAAACAUUCACCGAGGCCUGAAAAGAGGGAGACCAAGUGCCCUAUCCCUGGGUGUGAUGGCACAGGACAUGUGACUGGGCUCUAUCCCCACCACCGCAGCCUUUCAGGAUGCCCCCACAAAGUGCGGGUUCCCCUGGAAAUUCUUGCCAUGCAUGAAAAUGUGCUCAAGUGUCCCACCCCUGGAUGCACAGGAAGGGGUCAUGUGAACAGUAAUCGCAACACUCACAGGAGUCUUUCUGGUUGUCCAAUUGCUGCAGCUGAAAAAUUGGCAAUGUCCCAGGAUAAAAAUCAGCUUGAUUCUUCCCAAACUGGGCCGUGUUCUGACCAGGCACACAGGACAAGCUUGGUGAAGCAAAUUGAGUUCAAUUUCCGAUCACAAGCCAUCACUUCUCCCAGAGCCACAGUAUCGAAAGAACAAGAGAAGUUUGGAAAAGUGCCAUUUGAUUAUGCCAGUUUUGAUGCCCAAGUCUUCGGUAAACGUCCCCUUGUACAAACAGGGCAAGGACGAAAAACUCCACCAUUUCCUGAAUCAAAGCAUUUUUCAAAUCCAGUCAAAUUUCCUAAUCGACUGCCUAGUGCAGGCGCCCACACACAGAGCGCGAGCCGUGCCAGCUCUUAUAGCUACGGUCAAUGUAGUGAAGACACCCACAUAGCAGCAGCUGCUGCUAUCCUGAACCUUUCCACCCGCUGCAGGGAAGCCGCAGACAUCCUCUCCAACAAACCACAGAGUCUGCAUGCCAAGGGAGCCGAGAUAGAAGUGGAUGAAAAUGGGACAUUGGACUUAAGCAUGAAAAAAAAUCGAAUCCUGGACAAGGCUGCACCCCUAACUUCCUCUAAUACUACCAUUCCAACACCUUCAUCUUCCCCAUUCAAAACAAGCAGCAUUCUGGUCAAUGCAGCAUUCUAUCAGGCUCUCUGUGACCAAGAGGGCUGGGACACUCCUAUCAACUAUAGCAAAACUCAUGGGAAGACAGAGGAGGAGAAAGAGAAAGACCCAGUGAACUCUCUGGAAAAUUUAGAGGAAAAAAAAUUUCCUGGAGAGGUCUCUAUACCAAGUCCUAAACCCAAGCUCCAUGCAAGAGAUCUCAAAAAAGAACUAAUCACGUGUCACAAUCCUCCUCCCACCCCUAACCUGGGGACCAUGCUCUACUCCUGUGUUUCCAGGUGUCCAACUCCAGGCUGUGAUGGGUCCGGGCAUGUGACUGGAAACUAUGCUUCCCACAGAAGCUUGUCCGGCUGUCCUCGUGCAAGAAAAGGGGGUGUCAAAAUGACUCCUACCAAGGAAGAAAAAGAAGACCCUGAACUUAAAUGUCCUGUAAUAGGAUGUGACGGCCAAGGUCACAUAUCAGGUAAAUACACAUCACACCGCACAGCUUCUGGCUGUCCCCUGGCUGCCAAGAGACAGAAGGAGAAUCCUCUCAACGGGGCCCCUCUCUCCUGGAAACUGAACAAGCAAGAGCUGCCCCAUUGUCCCCUGCCAGGUUGCAAUGGGCUGGGCCAUGUAAAUAAUGUUUUUGUCACCCACAGAAGCUUAUCUGGAUGUCCUCUCAAUGCGCAAGCUAUCAAAAAGGGCAAGGUCUCUGAAGAACUAAUGACCAUCAAACUCAAAGCCACCGGGGGUAUAGAAGGUGAUGAAGAAAUUAGGCAUUUGGAUGAAGAAAUAAAGGAACUAAAUGAAUCCAACCUUAAAAUUGAAGCAGAUAUGAUGAAACUUCAGACUCAGGGACCUAUCAGUGAGCAGAAUUUUGAAGCAUAUGUAAAUACACUCACAGACAUGUACAGCAAUCUGGAACGGGACUAUUCCCCGGAAUGCAAAGCUCUCCUGGAAAGUAUCAAACAGGCAGUGAAGGGUAUCCAUGUGUAGGAUCACAGUGCUGCCGGGCAACAGAGAUCACCAACAGCAGUCAACUCCAGAUGGACCUGUGAAAGGGGUUCAUGUACUGCUAAGGCUUGGAGGUUGCCAUAUGCAUUUACAACUGCAACAUUGCACUAAUUUUUCCCCAGCUGACAUAAAAAGGAAAGAAAAACUAUGAUAGACUCUUUGGAUUAAAAGCAAUGCAGUCAAUGAUUAGAUCUUAUUUAUUUUCAUAUGUUUUUCUUUUAUUUCUUCAUUGCACUCUUUCUUUUGUAAAGUAUAUGUAAAAUAAAUGUGACAUUUUUAUAUUUUAUUUAUUACUAAUCAAAGAGUUUUUUAUCUUUUAACUGCAUUUUGAAGUCUGCCAUAUUUUUACAAGUGUGUUUAUUAAUUUAUUUUCUAAUAGGACUUAAAUAGAAAUGCUAUUCUCAAAUCAUCUAUCUUGCUGGGUUAAAAUGAGAAAACAAAAAAAGUGUGAAAGAAAUCCUUGUCUAAGGACUGCACUAUGGUUCGAGUUUGAUUUUUAUUGCACACUUCUUUUUCCCCCUCUUCCACUGGUUUUUGUAUUUAUAAUUGAAUUUGCAGUAAGGUGAGCUGCGUGGAAGGAAUAAGAAGAUAAAUGGCGCCCACUGGUGGGGAAUCCGCACUCACAGAAGCACAGACACUGGAAAACAGCCUGCUCAGAAUUUGUUAGCAAUAAUUAAAUAUAGCAAUCAGCAAAGUAUUCAGCUUGGCUGUGUGGUUUUAGUUCCUAUGAAUUAUUUAUUUGAAAUGUCUUAAAGAAACAUAAGCAUUUUUUAGUGAUGCAGAUUUGUCUGUUUUUCAAGUCAUAUCACAUAGUUGGCAACUCUUAUCCUAAGAUGAGAAAUAAUCACUUGAUGUGACCAGCCAGGCUUUCCUGCCAUAUGUUGGUACAAUAUACAAGUGACAACAUUGGUGUAGAUUUGUACUUAGCAAAUGCAAACACAUCCAAAUGGAAAAUUUUGUAGAUACCAUAUCCCCUGAAAUAGCAUUUAUCUUACUGGGUUUGACUGGAAAGGAAUGGAAAAUAGAGUAAAACGUGAAAAAAAAAAUAUUACUCCAAUCUGAAUGAUUACUUUGAACACUGGCAACAUUGGUAUCACCAUCCUUAGGA